AACCCAGGAUGGGGGGCCAGCCCAUCGCAGGGCACACUCACACACCAUUCACUCACACAUGCACACCUACGGGCAAUUCAGCAACUCCAAUUAGCCUCAGCAUGUUUUUGGACUGUGGGGGGAAACCGGAGUACCCGGAGGAAACCCCACGACGACACGGGGAGAACAUGCAAACUCCGCACACAUGUGACCCAGGCGGAGACUCGAACCCGGGUCCCAGAGGUGUGAGGCGACAGUGCUAACCACUGCACCACCAUGCCACCCCACAUCAAAAACCAAAUGAAUUAAAAAACGCGGAAAAUAAUGUUGAAAUGAAAAUAUAUUUUUUGACAGCGAUCGACGACCUGUAAUAUUUUUGACGAUGUCGCUGCUAUAUCGCUAUUUGUAAAAAAAGGAAAAAAAUAGUUACUGGAAAAGCUACAGCGUUUUAAAAGUAUUUGCUCUACCGAUAAGCUACUGAAAGAAGUAAAGUUAGUAGCGUCGAUUAUUUUAGUUAGCUACUCCACAACACUGGACAUAAAAAUAACUGAACAAUGUUAACAUUUUCGUAAUUUAAGCCCUCUCAACAGAAGCACUUUAAUGAGAAUAUUUGAAAAAUUAACUGAUAACAUAUCAGUUAUCUAUAUUUUUUUAAUUUACUUUGAAAACAGACUCAAAUUAAGCCUAUACGAAAAAUUCAGAAGCCUAUACAGUCUCAAAUGAAGCCUGUUGCGUUUUUAUACAAUCGGUCUGGGAUUCCGCUUAACGUCACGCCCGAAGCUCACACUUUGAUUGCAAACGGGAAGAAACAUAACUAUUGUCACGUACAUCGGCGGAUGUCAUCAAUUAAGCCUGCAUACUGGAGACUACAAAGGGACAGCACACGCAACGGGGGUUGCGAAGUAUUGCCAAUGUUUCAUUUCUAUAUCGAGCGCUUGCUUGUCCAGUGUCAUUCCCUCGUUCCUUACCUUGCCUGCCUUCCUUUCCCAGAGCAGCCCUCGUCCCUGAACCUCCCGUCCUGCCUUCCCUGCCAGCCCCAGGAUCUCUCGUCUCCCCUUCCCUUCGUCUCCGUGUCCUGUGCCUGCCUGUUGGACUGGAUCUCCCCGGCUACCGAAUCUACCUUCUGUCCCCGACCAUUCUUCUUGCCUGGCCCAUUGAAAGCCUGUUACCUGCUCGAUCUAAUAAAGAUCGCGCUGUUCCGCAUUCCUGGGUCCGCGUUUCCCUGCCGAGGGUGUCCUAACAAUUAUGUCUCCAGUAAUAAUUUUCUGCUAAUAGCAUUAAUUCUCUUAUUUCGGUAUCGGUGUACUGCAUGUACAUGUUAUCACCAUCAAAGAAAAAAACGCGUUAUGACUUAUCAGUCAUUAUUAUUGUUUUUGUCGUUUAUUUAAUCGUGUAGCAAUACUGCCACUUGUCAUAUUAUUAAUUGCGUAUUUAUAUAAUAUUAACCAAUGACCAAUCUCUGUAUCUUACUAGCAUCUUUUGCGCAUUUGUCUUUGUAUCAGCCGUAGCGGUCUGCAGGGGGAAUCGCAGAAGCUGGAGUUUCUUAGAGCGCUGCAUGGGUUUGGACAAACAUUAGGUAUUGGUAAUAUUACUGGACAAAAAUAUAUCGUUAUUGGUGUCCACCAAAGUUUCCAGCACUAGCUACAAGAAAUGAGAUUGAAUGCAUUUGCUCGUUUUUAUUUGUAUUUAUUUUUUAAAAAGUUUCUUACAUUAUAUCCGUGCUUUUUAAAGGUUAUAUCUCAAUUUUUCAAAAGUAAACACAAAAAGGAUGACACUUAAUGCCCCCUCCCUGCCCCCACCCUAUUUAGAACGUUAGCGUUCCAUUACGUAAAAAAUGCAGUACUACGUCAUGAUGCACCGCUUAUAAAUAAUCUGUUUGAUAAGGGAGAAGCAAACACAAACGAUUCGUGAGUGCAUCGUACGUGUUGUAAGAGCAAGUGAAGCUGAAAGACAUUGACAGUGAAGUGAUGGCUCCCUCUAUCAAUCUCUUCACCUUCCUCGUCCUGUCCCUGGUGGGGGGCAGCUCUUCAUGGGACGAAGCUUCGCCUUGCGGAUCCGGCUCCAUCCUGACAAGGCCCUACACGGCCUUGUGUGAGCUGGAUGCGGUGUGGGGCUUGGUGGUGGUGGUGGUGGCAGCGGCGGCGGCCCUCGCCUCGCUGAUCCUGCUCCUGGUGGUACUGUGUCGCCUGCGGAAGAUCACAGAGGCUGAGGAGCGCAGCGGGGUGGCGCCGCUACUCCUGCUGCUCGCUGCCAUAUUUGGGCUUUGUGGCCUCAGCCUGGGAUACAUCGCUGAGCAGCAAGAGAGCCUCUGCUUCGCCCGGCGUGUCCUGAGGGGGGUGUUGCUUGCUAUCUGCAACACAUGCCUCGUGUUUCAUGGUCUGCGACUGCGCCGGUUGGGACAAGCACUGGUGGGGGCGGCCUGCAGUCUGUGGAGGCAGCAGCCACGGUGGAGGUGCAGGACCACGUGGCUGCUCAUCACCUGCCUGGCCUCAGUCCUGCUGUGGGUGGCCUGGAUCACCUUCUGCCUAUAUGGCAACGCGGCGCUUGGCCUGCCCCCAACAUGGGACAACCGGGUACAGGCAGUGGUGCUGCUGGCACAGGCAUGGCUGCUCAUACUGCUGCACGCUGCUCCUGAGGUCCACGCCACCUUACGGCCCCCGUCCCGCAUGAGAGAGGCCAAUUUAGAGGAGGGCCUUUCUCACCUGUAGUUUGGAGCAAACCGGGACUUCGUGUUCAGUGACAACAACUCAGGUGUCCUCCCCAGCCCCCAGGAAACAUUACAUUUUAAAUAAAUUAUAUAUAUAUAUAUCA